AUGGAAACUUGUUCGUUUUGCCUUGGUGAUGAAAAUGAUGUCCCACCUUUUGGGUCAGUAGAUGAUGCAAAGGAUUUAAUACACCCUUGUACGACAUGUAAAAUCACCACUCAUCGGAAAUGUCUUUUGGAUUGGUUCAAUUCCUUGACUUCAGAUAAGUUACAAAUCAUUAAAACUGAUGAAAUAAGUUCGUUUCUUCAAAGGAACAAUAGCAAUGAUGACAAUUCAACAACAGAAAAUGCUGAAAGUCGAAUAUUCAGUUUGGAUGAAAUAGAAAUUGGUCAAUCACCUUCAACUACUCGAAUUCAUAUCAAUUUAUCUCCCCAACAAAUCAAUGAAUGGUUCAAUAAUUUCACCAAUGUAGAGAAUUACACAUUCAAGGACAAUGUGGUAUUCUUACUUGCAAGCUGUCCACAAUGUAAAGAAGAUAUAAUAUUCAGUAUGAAGAGAUCAACAUUCUUGUCAAUUAAUAGCGGAUUUAGAUCAUUCAUUAGUAAAGCAGCACAAUAUUCUACAGUAUUUUUAGGGUUUACUUCAGCUGUUACUGGGGUGGUUUCAAUGGGAUAUAUAGGAUUGACGUCGGUUGGUUUGAAAACCAUGGAUUGUAUUUUACCUGAAUCAUUCUUGAUCAAAUUAUUAAUCAAGUCUAAAACUAGUGGUAAUCUUUUAUCAUCAAUUUUCCAACAAUCAAACUACCCAAUUGAUAACCUAGAAUCGGCUUUGCUGAAAGGUUUGAUUGAUCCUUUCAAAUUCUCAAGAAUCCCCUUGUUACCCAUAAUAUUGUAUAGGAUGAGACAAUCAUCACCCAUAAGUUGUCUUUAUUCUAAAGAUGUAAGUUCAUGGUUGACAGAAUUGAUGAUAAAUGGUUAUAUUUCAUCAUUGGGUGAUCAUAAAUUUCUUUCAUCGGUGUAUUAUAACUUAUUAUCUUCCAUUACUAGAAUGUUGAAGAAUCCAUUAAAAUUCUGGAAAUAUUUCAAUCUUUUCAAAGGCAUUGAUUUUAAUGAUGCUAAUAAUCUUAUUAGUUUAUUUUUACCGGCAAGAAUUUUAUAUGAUAUAUUCUUCAGAAUGACGCUCAACCAAUUACAUUUUGAUAUUACCAUGAACGUUAAACCUAGGGAAAUAGCUAACAAAUUGACACAAGAACAACUUGAUGAAUUAGAGAUGUUAUAUGGAGAAUUGAACACUUUGAAACUUUCAUUAAUGAAGAAACCAUUCCAAGUAACUAAUUGGCAAGAUUGGUUUUUGGAAAAGAAAUUGUAUAUCACCAAAUUAUUCAAAAGUAACGCUAUUUGGAAGAUUUUAAAAUUGAAAUCAUUGAUUUUCCUGAAAAGAAUGAAAUACUGUAUAAAACAUGACUUCUCACAAACAUUAUCCUAUAGUUCAUUUACAAUACGUUGUUUGACCACAGUAGUAUGGCCAUUUUUAUCAUCUAAAUUAGGACAAAUUAUAUUCAAUAGUUUGAAUGCCACUGAAAAUAAAGAUAAGAAGUUAUUUUUGUGUAAUUUGGCAGGAAUGGUUUUAGUGGUGUUGUUAAAAGAUCUUACUAAUUUGUAUUUGAGUAGUAAGAAGUCUGAACAAUUGAAGAAAUUGAAAAUUCACAAUUUCGAAAGAGACAAUUCAAAUAACAAGACAUUUUCAAUCCCUGGAGAUUAUAUAUAG